AAUGUUUCAUAUAUUUUUAGCUAUCCAUCCUGCAGCGGAGCCGCAGCACCCGGUUUAGCAGCCGACAUGCACUUCCGGGACAACGUGAUCGCAUUCAUCGGUCCAGCUUGCGCCUUCGCCCUUGAACCUGUUGCAAGACUCGCGGCUUACUGGAACACUCCUAUAAUCACAGGAAUGGGUGAUCAACCACCGUCGGAAGGUGAACUAUCCGUAACAUCAGGCAUCCUUGGAAGAAUCAAUAAAUGGAAGAACGAGAGCUCGGGAAUUUUCAAGGACAAAAGCAAGUAUCCAACUUUAACUAGAAUGUCUUAUUGCCAAUGCCGUCUUCGACUGGUGUUCUCCAGUAUAUUUAAAGAAUUCGGAUGGUCCCACGUGGCGCUGCUAUUGGACAGAUCUGAUUUAUUCUCAUGGACAGUUGGUAAAAACUUGGAGUACGGAUUACGGAAAGAAGGAUUGCUAAAGUUUGUCAGAGAACUGGAUGGUAACUCGGAAGAUGAACCUUAUCAAUUUUAUUUGCGCGAUGCCAGCAUGUAUGCCAGAGUGGUGAUUCUCAGCGUCCGAGGUACCCUUGUCAGGAAAUUCAUGCUGGCUGCUCAUGAUCUAGGGAUGACUAAGGGUGACUGGGCGUUCCUUGACGUGGAAAUAUUUCAGGGUUCCUAUUGGGGUGAUCACGAUUGGGAGCUCGGCGACGAGGAUGACGCUGUCGCCAGGAAAGCGUACGAGGCUCUUUUAAGAGUGUCUCUUUUGCAACCCACAAGUCCAAGAUUCCAGGAUUUCGCUGAGACUGUCCGUCAAAGAGCUUUAACAGACUACAGUUACUCGUUCUCAGAAGGAGAGGAAGUGAACUUCUUCAUAGGAGCCUUCUAUGAUGGCGUAUAUUUGUUGGGGAUAGCUUUGAACGAAACUCUGUCGCAAGGAGGAGACAUCAGAGACGGUAUAUCUAUAACCAGGAGAAUGUGGGACCGAGAUUUCAUUGGUAUUACAGGACACGUGAGGAUUGACGACAAUGGAGACCGUGACGCGGAUUACAGUAUCUUGGAUUUGGAUCCCAUCACGGGAAGGUUCGAGGUGGUCGCUCAUUACCUGGGAUUGAACCGAGAAUAUAGUCCAGUCUCUGGUAAGAAGAUUCAUUGGCCUGGAGGUAGAGAAGGUCCACCCGCGGAUGUUCCAGAAUGCGGUUUCUUGGAAAACGAUCCUGCUUGCACUUCCAGAACGGAAGCGUACACGUUUGUAGCUUACACCAGCCUGACACUUGCCGUGUUUUUACUCGUUGCUGUUACCGCAACAUGCGUGCUGUAUCGACACUUGAGAUUAUCAGCUGAUCUGAACAACAUGUCUUGGAGAAUCAGACCGGAAGAGCUACUUCUUGAAAUAGGGAGACCCGUCUCUUCGAAGAUUAAUUUACAUCAGGCUAUAUCCGACGUGAACAAUUUUGGAUUGGAACAACGUAUUCGUCGAGGAUCACAGUUUAGUUAUGAAUCUCUACCACCGACCACGGUAUUCACUACCGUUGGAAUUUAUAAAGGUGAAAGGGUGGCAAUUAAGAAAAUCACCAAGAAGAAAGUGGUCGACGUCACGAAGAAGCUUCUGUGGGAGAUUAAACAAGUUCGAGAUGUUACUUCUGAAAAUACUGUCAGGUUUAUCGGUGCUUGUCUCUGUUCUCCUUCGCCGACGGUCUUGAUCCUGACAGAGUACUGUCCGCGAGGAUCCUUGAAGGAUGUGCUUGAGAAUGAUGCUAUAAAAUUGGAUUGGAAUUUUCGAAUGUCUUUGAUUCACGACAUCGUCAAGGUAGAGCAGGGAAUGUCUUAUCUCCAUGCCAGUGAAGUUUCAGCCCAUGGAAAGCUUCGCUCCUGCAAUUGUUUGAUCGAUGGUCGUUUCGUUCUAAAGAUCUCAGACUUCGGUCUGAAAACUCUUACGACCCCUUCAGACUUGAUUAUGGAUGAUAAUUAUUAUACUAAAUUACUGUGGAUCGCGCCAGAACUUUUACCAUUAACUGUGACACCAGGAAGCGUGGCUACUCAGAAAGGGGAUGUUUACAGUUUUGCGAUUAUUUUAGAGGAAAUUGUUGUUCGAGGAGGUCCAUACGAAACUGUUAAGGCAUUCGUGUCUUCCCAAGAAAUUGUAAACAGAGUUGCAGCAUCCGAAAUACCACCGUUUAGACCGGAAGUAAUGCCGAAGGACUGUCCACCAGAUAUUUUAUCCUUGAUGGAGAGAUGCUGGAACGAGAUACAGGAGGAACGACCAACUUUUCAUACGAUUCGUGGAACGAUACGUGGCAUUAUGAAAGGUUACUGUGAAAAUUUAAUGGAUGACUUGUUAAGACGAAUGGAACAGUAUGCAAACAAUUUGGAAGCUCUGGUUGAAGAAAAAACAGAACAAUUGAGUUUAGAGAAACGACGAAGCGAAGAACUUCUGUAUCAAGUACUUCCAAGGCAAGUGGCGUGUCAGCUAAUGGCCGGGGAACUGGUACAACCAGAACAGUUUGAAUGCGUGACAAUUUACUUUAGCGACAUCGUUGGUUUUACGGCCCUUUGUGCGCAAAGCACCCCCAUGGAGGUGGUUGAUUUUCUUAACGACCUUUACAGUACCUUUGAUCGUAUCAUUGAAUUCUAUGACGUUUACAAGGUGGAGACAAUAGGAGACGCUUACAUGGUAGUAUCCGGUCUACCAGAAAGAAACGGUGAUGAACACGCCAGAGAAAUUGGUUUGAUGGCUUUGGCAAUUCUCGAUUCGGUACGCUCUUUCACUAUAAUGCACAAACAAAACACACAACUGAGCGUUAGAAUAGGUGUUCACAGUGGGCCAGUUUGUGCUGGUGUUGUGGGUCAAAAGAUGCCCCAUUACUGUCUAUUUGGUGACACAGUGAAUACAGCAUCAAGGAUGGAAUCUUCAGGAUUGCCUCUAUGUAUACAUGUGUCGGAAGCAACGAAAUGCAUACUGGAUAAAUUUGGAACGUUUGAUUUGGAGCUAAGGGGCGAGGUGGAGUUAAAAGGAAAAGGUAAAGUUACUUCUUAUUGGUUAAAGGGUUGUUCAGAACCUGAUCCAAGACCCCCAAGUCCAAAAUAUCGUAAGCAUAGCGUUAGUACGCCGGAAAACAAUCUGAAUCCUUUAAUUUUUCCACCGAACAACAUUAACGGCCUCAAAACAAAUAACAACACGUUUAUUAAUUUGUCCGAGUUACAAUAGAACGAAUGAUUUUGAUGAUGCUCAAGGGUAAAAUAAUAGAAUGUCGUAAUUAUAAUAAAUUUAUUUAAAUUUCUUCUAUUACAAUAUCAAUUCAGGAUUUUACAUCAAUAACAUUUAAUUUAAUAUACAUAAAUAGAAGAAUCUUUAAUAGGCUUUUGUCGACAGGCAUGUGCAUUAAAUUGAUUUUUAAUCGAUGAUUCGACGAAAUGUAAGAUUCUUUAUUUUUUUUUUUUUCAUAUGCAACAGCUACGAUAUAUCAAUGAUUACAAUUUAAUACACAUGU